GCAGAACCCGGCAGGCUGCGCGUAUAAAAGCAGCAGCGCGGGUGGAGUACGACAACAAGGAGGCUGGGGAAGGGGGGGAGACACCGAAGAGAGGACUUUUACUGCGGCUCAUCAGCCUGCUCCCCCCUCCUAAAGAAGAAAACUACAAGCCGACAUGCAGGCGACGCAGGGCGGCUUCUCCUGGAGACUUCUCCUCUUCUCCUGCGCGCUUCUGGAGAGUUUAUCCCAGGACUUCGGCGGACAGACGCAGUUCAUUUGCACGUCCGUGCCCAAGGAUGUGGACAUCUGCGCAGCCACGCUGCAGAACAGCGUGCCGGGAGAGGACCUGAAGAGCACCGUCAUGCAGCUGCGCGAGACCGUGCUGCAGCAGAAGGAGACCAUCAUGAACCAGAAGGAGACCAUCAGAGAACUCACCUCCAAGUUGGCCCGCUGCGAGAGCCAGAGCGGCGCCGAGCCCGGGGCCAGGAGGAAGGAGACGGGGGCCAAAAACACCAUGGGGGACGUGUCGAGGGGCCCCGCGGACACUUUGACGCAGCUGUCUCAGACUUUACAGUCGCUGAAGCAGAGAUUAGAAAAUCUGGAGCAAUUCAGCAGAAGCAACAACUCGGUGCAGGCGAACAGCCUGAAGGACCUGCUGCAGAGUAAAAUCGACGACCUGGAGAAGCAGGUUUUGUCCCGGGUCAACAGCAUCGAGGAGGGGAAGUCCGGACUCCGGAAUGAGACGGAGCAGCGUGGCAGGAUGGAGUCCACCCUCACAUCUCUUCACCAGAGGAUCGCAGAUCUGGAGAAAGGUCAAAGAGAAAACAGACCCCUUGAUAAAUUCCAGCUCACCUUCCCUUUGAGGACCAACUACAUGUACGCAAAGGUGAAGAAGAGUUUGCCUGAAAUGUACGCCCUGACCGUGUGCAUGUGGCUGAAGUCCAACGCCUCGCCUGGAGUGGGAACACCGUUCUCCUACGCAGUUCCAGGUCAGGCCAAUGAGCUCGUCCUGAUCGAGUGGGGCAACAACCCCAUGGAGAUCCUGAUAAAUGACAAGGUUGCAAAGCUGCCGUUUCUGAUCAAUGAUGGAAAGUGGCAUCACAUCUGUGUGACCUGGACGACUCGCGAUGGCGUUUGGGAAGCCUUCCAAGAUGGUGUGAAGAGAGGGAGCGGAGAAAAUCUGGCUCCUUAUCAUCCCAUCAAACCACAGGGCCUGCUCAUCCUCGGCCAGGAACAGGACACGUACGGUGGAGGGUUUGAUGCCACACAAGCGUUUGUCGGAGACCUGGCCAAUUUCCACAUCUGGGAUCGGAAACUGUCCGUGGGAGAGAUUUACAACCUGGCAACCUGCAGCAGCAAAGCUCAAGUGGGCAACGUUUUUGCAUGGAUGGAGACGAGCCUCGACAUUUACGGAGGUGCCUCCAAGUGGACAUUUGAAGCUUGUCGCCAGCUGAACUGAGCUGAGCUGCAGCGAAGACAAACUCUUGCAGGCGCCACUGGUUUCAGUGAACUGGUACUGAACAGAUCACGGGGAGACAUUUUCAGUGAAUAGCUGUGGGGAUUUUGUCAUAGGCGUUUGAUCAAAUAAAAUAUAUUUUGGACGACUUGAUCGAUUUUUACCAGAUUUUUUUGUGUGGGCGAGAUGGCUGAAAACACGUUGCACUUUGGCAUCCUGUGGUUCCUGCCAGGCGUUCAUGUGGUAAAAAAAAAAAAGCAGCAAAUGGUGCCACUUCUGAGAGAAGAGUUUGCUCAGUGAGAGCAAACGAAUGUGCCGGCUUCAGACACAGUAGGAGGUGUAGUUUUUAGAAAACAGAUGUCACACAAAUCAGCAAACUGAAAGACUUCUUCAGCUGUCUUUUCUGUCUCGACUGCCAGGGAUCUCCACUGUGAACA